UAUGUAAUUGUCAUAGGAAAAGAACUGUUCUUUGCUAAAGAUACAGCCUACAGCUCAUCAACCGUUCAUCGACAAACUCAGCAAUUGUUUUCAUUUUCAUGAACUUAAUUGGCAAAGUCUAGACCGUAGGCGUUACAUCGACAGCCAUAUUUUCUUGAAUGAAAAUAUGUGAGUCUUGAAAAAAAUAGAGAUACCAGACAAUUAACGCGUGGAAAUUUCGGCUUCAUCAGCAAAUCUUGCAGCAUUACUUGAAAACAAUAAAUUAUGGCGGCCAGUACAAAAGAGGUAGAACUUGAAGCAGCUAUUCAUUCGGAAACAGAAAAUCUGAAUCUUGUAGAUAGCGACGAUGACGGUAUCUUGUCUACCUACAGUCUACCUACAUUUUUUGAACUAACUCAUAGUUCUAAAGAUCAACAGAGUUCUUUGACACGAUCUCAAUACGCAUUGGUUGUCUUUCACGGAGUUGCUGAUACUUACCCUACAGACAGUGAUAUAUUGUGUCGAUACUCUUUGACUGACGGCGUGGAAGCAACACCUGGGGAUCGAAUAGUAUUAUUUGCUGUUGGGUGGUCUUCGAUCAAAGAUUACAUUGUAUUUGAAUGGGCUCCGGUACCUGCGAGAGACGAAAGAGACCUGACAGUAGUAUUUAAAGCUAUUGACCUGCCCAAGGAUGUGAAUGAAUUCUACCAGGUUUGCUAUGUCAGUAACGAGGGUGCAGUUUGUGGUGCAAGUGUACCAUUUCAAGUGCGCAUUCCUAACAACGAAGAGUUAACUUGUGACCUUGAGGAAGAUAUGGUUGUUGUACGAUCCUCAACAGCAGUUGCACAAGAUAAACUCUUGAAGGCUCAGUUAGAUCAGGAGAAUCUGAAUAAAAAAAAAGUAAAUCUUGAAAAGCAACUUCGAUCUUUGGAAGAUAAACACAAUAUAACUUUGAGACGUUUAGAUCAGCUGCAAGACACUUUGUCUACAUCCGAAACACUCAAUGAAGACUUGAAAACAGAAAAUGCCUGUUUGUCGAAUAACAUCGAUGAAUUGUUGUGUGUAAAGAAGCAAUUCGAGGAAGCGGAAAUUAAGCUGAAAGACGCAGAGUGUGAUAAAAUGAAUAUGCAGGAUGAUAUUGAAGCACUAAAGACUGCUGUAGAAAAAUACAAGGUGGAAAUUAAUCAUCUCGAAAUAAAGGUCAAAGACUUGGAUCAUGCAUUAAUUGCAGCUAAUGAGAAAAUCGAAAGUUUGCAAAUGGAACAAGAAAAAUCUGCAAUCGAGGUUGUCCUCGUAUGUAAAAAACUUGAAAAAAGUGAAGAGCAUGCGACAAGUUUGGUAGAUAAAAUUUUUGCCCUCGAAAAUGAACUGAAAGUGUGUAAGUUCAACCUGAACUAUACUCAGGUGGAGAAUUUAAAACUUAAAGCAGAAUUCGACGAUGUUUCUGAUGAAAAUACCAAGCUUAAGAAAGAGUUGCAGACCGAAAAGGAGUCUAAAAUUCAUUUUGACAUGUAUAGACACGAUAUGGAUAAAGGAAAACUACUAACUGAAAAUUCACGGCUGCAAAGGGUAACGGAAGACAUGCAAAUGAGGAUAUCAACCUUGGAACAUGAAAUAUCUGUCUUUGAGCAAGUAUUAGAGGACACGUUUAAUGCACAAAAAGACACUUGCUCGGAACACUGUAACUUGGAGAAGGAGGUAGCUCAACUGCAGUAUCGCCUCGACGAAAUGUUGAAUAAGAAAGAAACACCUGAAACCAAGCAAAGUUGCAGCAGUGCUGGUCAAUCUUUAGAUUCAGAAACACAAAUUAUCACAUUGUCGAAGUUGUUAGAUGAUUCGUUGAAAGAAAAUGAAUUACGUCUACAAGAAAACGCGGCGUUACGACUGAUGAACGAAUUCUUAGAGUCCAAAUUACCCUCGUCUGAUAGAAAACUUGAAAAUCGUAUCGUUGUUUCCCAUCAGAACGCCAGUAAUACUGAUAGUUACUCAUACGAUUCAGAGAUACUCGCAUUGAAGGGUAGUAAUGAAAAACUGCAACAGCUGUUGAUUGAGAAAGACGAAAAAAUUAAUGAUUCACACAGUGAAAUGGAAAUGUUGAAAAAUGAUUUCUCUGUUGUCGAGAAGGAACUCCAGCUAGAGAUUGCUAAUCUUAUAUCUAAAAACACUUUUCUCACUCACCAGGAGAUACAAUCUGGAGUAUUAAGGGAUGAAAUGCAGAAGAUGAAAUUCAUGAACGAAGAGUUAUUGGUUCAGAACACCUCACUGAUGGAGAGGAUUCACAGCAGCAAAAACGAUUUAACUACGAAUACGGAAAUAAACCCGAGUCAUAUAAAUUCAGCUUUAGAGAUCGAAAAUGCGCACUUGAAAGAGCAACUUGAAUCCACAUAUGAUGAAUUGAACGCUACUUGGAAACGAGAAAAAGCAGUGGCACUAGAGCUGGAAGAGUACAAAGAAAAGCAGGAAUGUAUUAGAAACGAAUUAGAAUCGAUAAAAAAAAUAAAAAUUUUGACCGAAAGCAAAUGUUCGGUACUUGGUGAACAAAAUGAAAUGCUCUUGCAGAGGCUGACCCGUUCCGACAGCAAAUCACAGGAUUGUAAGUCCCGUCACAAUUACUGUUCGGAUCCGGAAUUAAAACAAAUCAGCCAAAACGUACAGAAUGUGCUCUCGGCUAUUGAAAAGCUAGCUAACUAUAGUGAUGCAGAGAAGGUCAAACGCUCUACGCUAGAAGCCGAUGAUUUGAGGCACAGAUUAAUGUUGGCUAAGGAGGAAUACGAAAAACUUCACAGAAUUAUGAUAAAUUACCGAACGAAGUAUUAUGACUUGAAAGCAAAAUGCAAACCCAAGAAAGCACCCGCAAAAACUAAUGAUUCCACUUUGUCAACAAUCUAAAAUGUAUAAAAGUUGAAAUUUAGAUGACAUUGAGGGUUUAAUUCGUAAAAUCUGAAUUACUGUUUACCAACGAACUACGGUAUUUAUUCAUAAUGACAAAAAGUACUGCUGAGCAGCCUGAAAAGAAAUAAUUAAUGCAAUUAAAACAUUUUCAAGAAAUGGUAAA